AUGGAAUUCGGCGGUAGUGUUAUCUUUUUUGGGGACACCACCCUACCAAUCAUUCCGUCUUUGUCACGAUUACUUGAAGCUCAGACAAGAAACACUUUACUUGCACGGUUUUUGUCUCUAUCAGAGGGCAUACUGCGAGACAGUAUUGGUUAUCUUCCGCAACAUGUGCAGCAAGAAGCUUUGCGAUUUACUCGGCUGUCCGAUAUUGUGGACUCCAAAGAUAAUGAGCUUCCCGCUCUACGCGUCCUAGCACCUGCCCUCCUGGUGAUUGUACAGCUGGGUCACUUUAUAGGAUGGCACGAGGACAAUCCUCACCGCGAAUUUCCUGCCGGCAGCAAAAGUGUUUGCAUCGGACUCUGCGUAGGCCAACUAUCUGCUGCCGCUGUCAGCCUGGCAAAGAACAUUCUUGAACUUAUUCCGAUAGCUGUCGAUACGGUUUGUCUUGCAGUCCGACUUGGCUCGUUGGUUUUUACUGCGGGUGGGGACCUAGAAGUCCAGGGGACCCAAGAUCCGUGGGCACUCUUGAUCGAAAAGGAAGUCUUGCCGAUAGAGACCCUGGUUUCGAUACUCGAGAAAUGGGACCGUUCUAGUCGGAAACAAGCCUAUAUCACCGCAGAAUUCAACGGCACCGUUACAGUUCAAGGACCGCCCACAACGCUAGCUUCCCUCAAGAACGCAAUCUCUGAUUCUAUGAAGUUGAGAAAUUCCAGUCACGCAGGCCGCCCUAUUCCUAUAUUCGCGCCAUAUCAUGCUUCCCAUCUUUACAAAGAGCUCGAUCUUGCGAACCUGGUCAAGGGAUUAGCCAUCUUGUCCAGAACUUUAGAUUCCAGCACUGAGUUGAGGUCUAAUUCUGCACUAUUUUCUUCAUUUUCGGGUCAUCCGAUAAGUGGUAAGAGAUCAGAAGACAUUCUGCGGGAUGUGUUAAAGGAUUUACUACUCCGACCUAUUAAUUGGUCAGAUCUCGUUGAGGGGACAGCUUCCUACCUUGCUUCGUUGAAUGUUUCAGACGUGGAUAUUUAUUGUUUUGGCCCAGUUCAUUCACAAAAAUCGUUUGCCUCGAUCAUGCAAGACAUGAUUGAUGCAAAGGUCAGGCUCUGCGAAACAACAAUUCAAAGAAAUCAAGAGCCAUCAACGCGAAGCUCGAACACUCCAAUUGCAAUUAUUGGAAUGUCGGGGCGUUUUCCCGAUGCAAAUAGUGUGGAUGAGCUUUGGAGAAUUCUUGCGGAUGGCGUUGACUGUCACAGAGUGAUACCCAGCGUAAGAUUUGACCCAUCAAUUUAUGUCUCAAAAGAUGGAAAAGACAAAAAUAAGAGUGCAACCGAAUAUGGGAACUUCAUGAAGAAUGCGGGGCAUUUUGAUGCUCGUUUCUUCAAUAUGUCCCCCCGAGAGGCUAUGCAGACAGAUCCCCAGCAGAGACUUGCCUUGGUCACGGCGUAUGAAGCAUUGGAGCUUGCAGGCUAUGUGCCGGGCCAAACACCCUCAACGCAAGUGGAAAGGAUUGGAAGUUUCUAUGGUCAGACAACAGAUGACUACAAAGAUGUAAACGUCGUCCAGGAAAUUGACACGUACUAUGUCUCUGGAGUGAUUCGUGCAUUCGGACCUGGACGUGUCUCUCGUGCAAACCAGCUAGGUGGUCCAAGCUUGAGUGUGGACACGGCUUGCGCAUCCAGUGCUACUGCCAUCAAUCUUGCCUGCACAUCCAUUUGGAGCAAUGAAUGUGACACAGCUGUUGUUGGAGGAAUGAUGCUCCUCAAUAGCCCCGAUAUGUACGCCGGCCUUUCGCGAGGGCAUUUCGUCUCGAGUGAUGGUCCUUGCAAAACAUUCGAUGACGAGGCAGAUGGCUACUGUCGCGGAGAGACAGUCGCUAGUAUAGUCUUCAAGCGUCUCGAUGCUGCCAAAGCCGACAAUGAUAAUGUCCUUGGUGUUAUCUUGGCAGCGGGCACAAACUACUCUGCUUAUGCGGCGUCUAUCACGCAGCCCCACGCUGGGGCACAGGAAUCACUCUUCCGAAAAGUCCUUCGUCAAGCUGCAGUCAAGCCUACAGACAUCGACUAUGUGGAGCUACAUGGGACUGGUACUCAGCUUGGAGAUUCAACCGAAAUGGCUUCGGUUCUGAAGGUCCUGGCUCCUAGCCACUCAAGUCGUCCACCUGAUAGGCCUUUAUAUGUUGGCUCAAUCAAAGCAAACAUUGGCCAUGGCGAGUCUGCCUCUGGAAUUGCAGCCUUGAUCAAAGCACUUCUACUGUUUGAGAAGUCUCAGAUUCCACCCCAUAUUGGAAUCAAAAGCGGCAGAAUAAACCGAAACUUUCCUCCUUUGGAAGAACGGAACGUGAAGAUUGCAAAAGAGCUCACUGCGUUUCCGCCCAAUCCUGACAGAAAGCGCAGGGUUUUGAUCAACAACUUUGGUGCUGCUGGAGGCAAUUCUAGCUUUGUUCUCGAAGAAGGCGAGACUUUCUCCCCACGCGGUUCCGAGCUGGUGGCUCCUGUGUGUGACCAUGUCAUCAGCGUUACUGCCAAAUCGGUGACAUCGCUGUCGAAAAAUUUGAUGAACUUGGUCACUUUUCUUGAGAACCACCCCGACACGCCGAUGAGAGAUCUUGCGUAUUCUACCACAGCGAGGAAAGUACAAUAUCCACUGCGUGUUUCGAUCGUUGCUUCAACGUCCUCGGAGGCAAAACGCCAACUCGCAGCAAGAGCCGGUGAACAAGGCAAGGAUUUCCCGAAUAGAAUUUCCAACCCGAUCUUCGUGUUCACUGGGCAGGGGUCUUUGUUCGCGGGUGUGGGGAAGCAGAUCUUCGAGCUUAAUUCAUCAUUCAGGUCCCACUUGACCAGACUGGAACGAGUCGCAACUGAACUUGGAUUCCCACCCUUUAUUGAUGCCAUUAUCAAUGGAGGCGAGGACAUGAAUAAACUACAAUCUGUACAGUCGCAGCUGGGCCAAGUCGCCUUGCAAAUGGCACUUUUUACACUUUGGUCUUCGUGGAACAUCAAGCCCGCGGCUGUCAUCGGGCACAGUCUGGGUGAGUACGCCGCUCUUUUCGCUGCGGGAGUUUUGUCAGCGAGUGAUACGUUAUAUCUGGUGGGUCGACGCGCAACUCUGCUGCAAAGCUUAUGCGCAUCCUCCACGCAUGGCAUGUUGGCGGUCAAUCGAGGUCUGGAUCAUAUCCGAAGUAUUCUUGCCAGUCAAUUCAACGACUUAGAGGUGUCGUGUUUCAAUAGUCCGACGGAUAUUGUGCUCAGUGGUCCGGUUGUGAGCAUUCACGAGGCAGAGAGACUGUUGAAAUCCCAUGGCCUGCGGUGCAAUCUUCUGAAUGUUCCUUUUGCCUUCCAUUCGUCCCAGAUCGAGCCAAUUCUGGCCCCUUUCAAAUGCGAGGCAAGCAAUGUCUCUUUCCAAACGCCUCAAAUUCCGAUUCUGUCGACCUUGCUGGGAAGAAGGUUGACCGACCUUGAUGAGCUCGACCCAUCUUACCUGGCACGCCAUGCGCGAGACCCGGUAGAGUUUGUUCGAGCAAUUCAAGUUGGGCUAUCAGAGAACCUCAUUACUUCUGACUCCGCAUUCCUUGAAAUUGGCCCUCAUCCUCUCUGUCUUAGUAUGGUAGCUUCCACUCUACAAACCACAAGCCGACUCUUUUCUACUCUUCAUCGAAAGGAACCUCCACUUUCGACUAUUUGCAAGACCUUGGCCUCGUUGAGUGAUGGUGGUAUUUCCGUCAACUGGAAAAGCUACCACGGCAGCUUUGAUGGCACUCCGAAGUUACUCCGCCUUCCCACCUACGCUUUUGACGAGAGAGAGUAUUGGAUUGAGUAUCGAAACGACUGGCUUUUGCAACGGCACCACGAUGGUAGUCACUCCAAGGCACCGCAAAGGGGGCCGAAGAUGACAACGACGGUUCAAAAUAUGCUAUCUUCAACCUUAGACGGUGCACUGGUGUCUGUUGUGUUUGAGUCUGAUCUGACGGAUCCGGUCCUUCAUGGGUUAAUUGCAGGCCAUGUCCUCAAUGGAAUCGCGUUAUGUCCGUCGGGAGUCUUUAUGGAUAUUGCCCUGACGGUGGCAGACUAUCUUCGAAGCCAUUUUAGGUUCGAUUGUCCAGGUUCUGGCAUUAAAGUCCUCAAUCUACAAAUGACAAAGCCAAUUACAAUACCUGUCGAGAGACCAACCAGUCCCCGGAUGUUCCGAAUUAUUUCACGCGCUAACACCCAGACAGGGUCCAUGCAUUUGCAAGUGGGGACCUCAAAUGAACAAAGCCAAGAACUUGAAAGCUAUGCGUCUUGCGAGAUGGAGCUUGGAGAUAGUAGUUCCUGGCUGAGAGAGUGGAAUAAAAGUUCAUACCUCAUACUGGAGAGAAUUCGCAACCUCGAAGAAGGCGUCAUCAGAGGAGGUUCGAGUCGUCUCUCCCAUGAUAUGAUUUAUGAUCUUUUUUCCAUGGUGGUUCAUUACGAUCAACGCUAUCAAGGCAUGCGGGAAGUCCUUGUUGAUGCGGAGAAAUUGGAAGCGGUCGCUUCGCUCUCUCUACACCACGACAAUGCGGGAGCCUUCUUUUGCUCUCCUUUGUGGCUGGACAACCUCGCUCAGAUUGCAGGCUUUGUUAUGAAUGCAAUCGGAAAGGUUGACCCCAGAGAAUUUACCUACAUCUCUCAUGGGAUUGGCUCCUACCAAAUUGGCGAGGAUCUACGCACGGAUAUCUCAUAUAAGGCCCAUGUGAGGAUGUUCUCAGAAACAGGCACAGUCUUUGCGGGUGAUGUCUCAAUCUUCCAGGGAGAACGAAUGAUCGCGCGGUGUGCAGAAGUCAAAUUCCAGAGAGUUCCCCGUGCCGUGUUAGAAAGGGUUCUUAGUUCUCCAUCAGACAAGUUUUCUUCUUCGAGAAAGCCCUCGGCACUUCCUUUGACAAGUGGAAAAAAACAAAGAAGUCUCAAUUUGCCACCGCUGCGCGAGGUGAACGCACGAUCUAUCGUCGACGAUGUCAGAAAACUUCUCGCACAACAGAUUGGUAUCGCACUCGAGGAUUUGACAGACCAAAGUAGCUUUCAGGAGCUAGGAGUGGACUCUCUGUUGUCAAUGACUAUCUUGUCCAAGAUUCAUGAGGUACUCCGAGUCCAGCUACCAUCAUCUACGUUUACAGAAGUGUCCACGUUCUACGAUCUCAAAGACUACAUAAUCAAAUACCUGCCGGAUCAGUCACCUGGACCGCCUACUCCUGUUUCCGAGAGCGGCGAAUCCAUGAUAUCUUGUUCCUCAACUCGGACCCAAACCCUUCCCAGCACUCCACCCGAUUCACGUCUCUCGGAAGUCUACUCCAUUAUCGCGGAUGAGAUGGGCGUAGAUACGCAAGAAAUCCGAGCCACAGAAGACUUAUCGUCACUUGGACUAGACUCGAUGAUGGCAAUCUCUAUUGCGGGGGCAUUGAGUGAGAGGAUUGGAAUUGAGAUUCCAUCCGGACUUUUUGACACCUCUUCUGCGAAGGACCUCCACAACUCCUUGAAUCAGCUGUUUGGAUCUCCAGAAUUCGAAUCACAAAGAGUUAUCCAAAGCCCGCAGCAAGGAAAACCUCAAGAUCGGUCACUCCCAGCUUCCAUCACUCUCCAAGGCGAUAGUCACUCAACUAGUAAGACGCUUUUUCUCUUUCCCGAUGGAAGUGGCCUUGCCACAGCAUACACCAAGCUCCGUCGGAUCUCAAAGGACCUCCGAAUCUGUGGACUGAAUAGUCCCUUGUUUUACGAGAAGAACAGCGUUCAAACAGAUAUUCCUUUCAUGGCUUCCAGAAUGGUUGAAAUUGUCCGACAGGUCCAACCUCGCGGCCCUUACAUCUUGGGUGGCUGGUCGGCCGGGGGCAUGUACGCCUUCGAAGCUGCUCGUCAAAUCCUUGAGGCUGGAGAAAAAGUAGCUUCACUGAUACUCAUCGAUUCACCUUGUCGCUUACGGUUUGGACCAAUGCCCCAUCAGGUUCUGGAUCUGCUGUCAGAGAGUUUGACCCAAGGUAGUGAGGUCAGGCAGCAUUUCCUGGAAACAAUAGCCGCUGUCGGUGAAUACACACCUCGUCCACUUAAGAAGAAUUCAUUCACGCAGGUCACGAUUAUUUGGGCAACAGAUGGCCUUGAGAAGACGAUGGACUAUUCACCGAAGGCCACAGAUCUGAACUAUGAUGAUGCCAUUGUAGAGUGGCUUUUUCGACGAGCUGGUCCUCUGGAUGCGAUGGGCUGGGACAAGCUUCUACCUGAAUUUGAUUUGGAGAUCAAAACAACGAAAGGCAAUCAUUUCAGCAUGAUUCAGGCUCUCAAUGCAAACUCUCUCAGCGAUGCCAUUGCAGGUGCAUUGAAACUUUCUUAG